AUGUCUCGCUCUCAGGCCCCGAACCCCGCGGGGUCUCGCAAAAUCUCCUUCAACGUGAGCGAACAGUACGAUAUCCAGGAUGUUGUUGGUGAAGGAGCCUACGGCGUUGUCUGUUCUGCCAUUCACAAGCCUUCGGGCCAAAAGGUCGCCAUCAAGAAGAUCACUCCGUUUGACCACUCCAUGUUUUGCCUAAGAACUCUUCGCGAAAUGAAGCUGCUCCGAUAUUUCAACCAUGAGAAUAUCAUCUCGAUUCUCGACAUCCAGAAACCCCGAAACUACGAAUCGUUUAAUGAAGUGUAUCUGAUUCAAGAACUCAUGGAGACUGACAUGCACCGUGUCAUCCGAACCCAGGACUUGUCCGACGACCACUGCCAGUAUUUCAUCUAUCAGACCCUGCGCGCCCUCAAGGCUAUGCAUUCGGCGAAUGUCCUUCACCGUGACCUGAAGCCCUCGAAUCUUCUUUUGAACGCGAACUGCGACCUCAAGGUGUGCGACUUCGGCCUCGCGCGCUCUGCUGCUUCCCAGGAAGACAACUCGGGUUUCAUGACGGAAUAUGUCGCCACCCGUUGGUAUCGCGCACCUGAAAUCAUGCUCACCUUCAAAGAAUACACAAAGGCCAUUGAUGUCUGGUCGGUGGGAUGUAUCCUCGCCGAGAUGCUUAGCGGCAAGCCACUAUUCCCUGGCAAAGACUACCACCACCAGCUUACUUUGAUCCUGGACGUGUUGGGAACUCCUACUAUGGAGGAUUAUUAUGGUAUCAAGUCUCGACGCGCUCGGGAAUACAUUCGAUCGCUGCCCUUCAAGAAGAAGGUGCCUUUCCGAACACUCUUCCCCAAGACCUCGGAUCUUGCUCUUGACCUCCUCGAGAAGCUCCUGGCCUUCAACCCGGUUAAGCGUAUCACCGUUGAGGAGGCCCUGAAGCAUCCCUACCUUGAACCUUACCAUGACCCUGAUGACGAACCCACCGCUCCCCCAUCCCCGAGGAGUUCUUCGAUUUUGAUAAGCAUAAGGAUACCCUCAGCAAGGAACAGCUGA